GUCACGACACAAUGCAUUUAGGGUUAUCAUCGCUGUUGGUUUUUGGAAUGCAAUCGGAAAUGUGUGAUUUAUGUGCGAAAGUUUUGUAAAUGGAAUAACGCCUGAAGUGGACGGAGGUUGCGUUUGUUUCCUGGUAGCCAAGGGUGGCUCAAGCACAAGCAGAUGUGUAAUAGUGUGUAUAUUUGUUUGAAAGAGAGUGUGUGUGUGUGCGUGUAUGAAUCGAGUUUGCAUACAGAGGCAACUGUGUUAACGACAGCAGCGACGAACUGAACGGUGGUAGCUGGGAGUAAAAAGGACGACUGGUCGGCUAGAGCCGCACAAAUGUGUAGGUGUGUGCAAGUGCGAGUAUGUAUGUAUACAUUGGUGUAUGUGUGUGCACGCGUGCGAUGUUUUAACAUCGUCCCGACGUAUCCUUUGCGUGUGGGUUUGUUCGAGUUGUUUGAGUGUGUUAGAUGGGCGGAUACAGUUUUCCUUGCUGGUUGUUGUUGUUGUUGUUGGAGCGUGUCCUUUGCACUUUGCACUCGUGGUGUCUCUGUUGCAAAGUGCGGUGCGUAUACUAAGGUUAUUAUUCUGGCUGUCGCUGCCGAUUUCCCGGCUUUCUCGCAAUGUGGAAAGAACAGAACGUUGGGCGGUUUGGGUAGAUGUGUGUGACAGCUUUCUAUUGAAACCCAAACCCCCUUCCUCGCUCCUCCAUGGCCGAAACAUCGCCGGCCAAAGAAGGUCCUGAAGUGCUACGAAACUUUGGUACAAUGAUCGUAGCACGUUAAGCCACAGUGAUACUUAAACAAGCUAACAACUCAAAAACACAAAAGUAGUGUCUGAAAUUUAGUUUCGGCUGUUACGGAUACGUAACGAUCAAAUAAGAGUGGAUCAAGCAUUAGCACAACAAGGGGGGAAGAAAAGCACUGACAACCCCUAUUGAUCCUUCGGUGGAUCGUUUAGUCAUUAAUUUAAGAAGAUCUGCAUCCAUAAAAGAGGAACAACCUACGACACUUUUAGUAGCACCAAUACUAGACUCCGAACUGAAGCAAGUCAAAUCGCGGUAUAAUGGCGGGAAGCAUUAAGCAAGAGGAUGUCUGCUACGUGGUAGCAAAGUACGAUUACGAGGCACAGGGUGCCCAGGAGCUAGAUCUGAGGAAAAACGAUCGUUAUCUUCUGCUGGACGACAGCAAGCACUGGUGGAGGGUGCAGAAUACACGCAAUCAGUCGGGUUACGUGCCGAGUAACUACGUUAAGAAGGAGAAAAAAUCUGUCUCACUGUUCGACAGCUUCAAGAAGAAGGUUAAAAAGGGUUCCGGCAGCAAAACGCUUCCGAACUGCUCGCCUUCCAGACAGGUCGAUAGUCCCACAAUGAGCCGAAGAUUACCACCGGACCCUUCGGAGGCUAUUGCCUCUACCCCGAUAGGUACUGCCAUAGUGAAGUAUAACUACCAAGCUCAACAGCAGGAUGAACUGUCGUUGACAAAGGGAACACGAAUACUGAUACUGGAGAAAUCAAACGACGGCUGGUGGCGUGGCCAGAGCGGCUCAGCGACCGGCUGGUUUCCUAGCAACUACACGACGGAAGAGAACGAAGACGAUACACUGCAUACAUACGCGAUGGCAGAAAACGUGCUUGAUAUUGUUGUGGCGCUAUACUCAUUCAAUUCUAACAACGAUACCGAGCUAUCGUUUGAAAAGGGCGAUCGAUUGGAAAUUCUUGAUCGACCAGCGGCUGAUCCCGAAUGGUAUAAAGCCCGAAAUAAUAAUGGCCAGAUAGGGCUCGUACCGCGUAACUAUUUACAGGAACUGUCUGAAUACUUAGCUCAACCAUUUCGGAGCAAUGGAAGCGGCCCGGAUUCGCUAGACCGACGGCCUAACGAUGCGCAAUCGAAUAACAACAAUUCCAACACGAACAACAGCAACAACAACAACUCUCAGCAACCAGAAAGACCCCAUCUGACAGGGAAAAGCUGGUACUACGGUGCUAUUACUCGAAGUCAAUGUGAUACGGUGCUAAACUCUCACGGACAUGAUGGAGAUUACUUGAUUCGCGAUAGUGAAACGAACCUGGGUGACUAUUCCGUUUCGCUAAAAGCUCCUGGACGCAACAAGCACUUCCGCGUGCACGUCGAAGGUAAUAUGUACUGCAUCGGGCAGCGCAAAUUUCACACACUGGAUCAACUAGUGGACCAUUACCAAAGAGCCCCCAUUUACACUAACAAGCAAGGCGAAAAACUGUAUCUUGUUCGACCAUUGCCGAAAGCAAAUGGUACCUAAAACUGCGAGCAAAUGGAAAAGUCUCCUGGAGAUGCUAGUAAGCAUAUUAUGGUCAAAUUUGCCACGUAUUGGGGGUGUGAGGUAAAACAGUGGACAAAGAUGACCCAUCAUCAUAGCAUUACAAAGACGUGUGCGGUAAAAAGUGCAAGUGGAUAAGAUAAUUCGAUGCGCAACGUUCGAUAGGUUAAUGUCGCAAUUUUUUGACUCAACUCGGUUGCCUGAUUCCCGAUUUGUUUUUAAAUCAUGUUCGUGUUCAUGAUCGUGGCGGUAUUGAAAUGAAGUUGUCUGUUUUAUUUUAUGCUUUGCAAGUAGUCUUCUGUUUCAAUGAUUUUAUUUGUUUGUAGCCGUUUUUAUGCUUGUGUGAAUUUUAGUUUUCAUGUAUUUGUGAAUUUUAGUGUAUCGCCUUUUUAAACUCAACAUGCGCUGUGUGGUGCACUCGCAAGAGUAUUAAAUGAAGAGUUUAUUUUCCAACCGUGUGUAUAUGUUUUUGUAACAUCGAAUCUUACGACCAUUGAGAUCAUUAGAAAUGAUCUCAUUGGUGUACAAUUUUGAAGCAAACCACGACACAUUGCAACAAAUCGGUGAAUUAUGAGCUCUUCGAAUUGCUAGCUCGAUAUAAUGAUAAUUAUAACCGUAGUAAUUUAUUUCAAAGCAGCUAAGCUUUAGUAAAACAGUAGUUUUUUUCUUCUUCUUUUACUCUGGCUAACCUAGGAUUGGCCGGAAUCUAUUGUGUGAAAAUAAUUUUAAAAUAUAAGACAAUUUUUCGGUUAAAAAUAUUCUGAGCGAGCGUUGUUCUGGCGUACUGCAAAAAUAAUUUUGAAGUUAUUUUUAGCAUUCCGCAAAUGCGUGAGAGAUCGAACACCGACUAAGAACGGGAGACGAAAAAAAAUGCUUCAAUCAUGAGUAGACGAAAAAUAGACGGUUUCUUUGGCUUGCGUCUAUUCAAUGAGACUAAAUUAAAAGGAAUUCUGCUAUGUAAACAUAGUUCAAAUGACAACCAAAGGGGUGAAUAUUUUUAACCAUUCAUUAUACAAUUAUGGGUACGUGUACGAGAACCGUACUUAGAUCCUUACAACAUGGUGUAACGUCCCCAUGGCAAUUUAAAGUCGUGAGGAAUUGCUACAUCGGUCCAUCCUCAAGAGUAACGCAACGACGCAUAUGCAAUUGUAGGCAUUUAUUUUGUUUCUGUUUAGUAGAUUCCGUACUUCCCACAGUCAGAAUACGUGUGAGCGUCCACGAUACAUAGAUUUACAUUGGAAAAGAUGCAAAUCAAGCCAAUAAAGGAUUAAAACUAAGAAAUAGUAGUACAUCUAUUUCGUGCAUCUAUUUGUGUUGAUGAAUCACCUAUCAGGGCAAUGGAUCAGAUUAGCAAGGUACAUUCACUUUGUGUCUCAGAGCUCGUUUCAUUUUUGUUUUGUGCUUACGACAACAAGGGAACAGUCAAAAACGUGGAAAUGAGUGUUGAUUUCCAGACACCGAUGUGUACUCUUACACCAUAACAUAAAUCCGGCCACUAGAAAUGUUGAUCUGAUUGAUAAAUCAUGCACACCAAGUUAAAUACCACCAACCACCCCUUGCACCAUUAAAGCGUGCUGCAGAGCAGUAUUUUCAAAUGAUCGAUUCGGUGGAAAAGGAGCUACAUUGCAUGCAAUGGUGCUGUUGUUUCUGUUUCAGUUUGGUCGCGCUUGACCACUGCUUUCAAUAGCAGACACAGUGGUUCGCCUUUUACCCGUUUUAAUCCGAAUGCAACUAUCAUAAAUAUGUAAACCAAUGUGGCAGCAUUGUAUCUAUACCCAUACUCAUUCGUGUACAGAAGAAGUAAUAACGAAAUAUGCUUUGGGGUAAGGUUUCCUCCUCCAUACCAUUUAGCAUUCUCAUUCCUUGCUUACACCGCUAAACGUAUCGUUAAAGAAACGUAUUCGUAACCUUGCUAAUAUAGUCGAUUCAUGAUAUGCAUGAUUAGGGGGCGAUCAGCAACGUGCUAAGGAACGGAAGAAGAAGAUAAAAAACACAUCGCUCAACACGGUAGUUGGGUACGCCAAGAAUGGUACUGCGAUGAUGGUCUGAUAAUUUUAUACAAGGUAGCACGAUGUGAUGGAAUUAGUAAUUUUGAUACUUCCUUUUUAUAACGACGAAGGAAAAGCAAUUGAUUUGGUCAUAAAAGAAAGACACACACGCAUAUCGACAUAUGAUGCUUUCAACGGCCACUGACUGUCUAAACGUUUCGCCGUAAGAUACGCGUGUCUAGCGUAUAGUAUAAGCGUAAAUUGGUGUUGUGAAGUUAUCUACCCUUUCCUCUUUCCAACUCAUGGGGAACUUGUCACUGCUACCUUUAUUGAAGGGGGUUGGAGUUUGCGGUUCCAUACUUUUGUUCAAAUUGGCUGAACUCCUCCAUACACUACCAAACGGCUUUGUUUUACACCAAAUUCACAGUGAAGAUAAAGAGCUCGUUUCUAACAUUGAGUCACAACUUAUGGUGAUGUGAUCUACAUUAGCAUUCAUUCAUCGCAAAAGCAUUAAUGUAAACAAAUUCGAUCCUUCUACGUUGCUUGCGCGACUGUGACAGUAUGCAUUAAGCGCCUGUGAAGUGCGAGCCUAUCGACAGAUUUUGGUAAAGUGUGUAUUGAAGUGUGUGAAAAAGUAAUGGAAAACUAAAACUGGAAGAGCUCGUAAUAUCGAACCAUUGGCACUAAUUUUCUGCGAGGGAAAGAUGGAUGGAGCGAACGAAUCGACGUUAUACAUAUAGCUAAAAACUACCUACUUCUUACAUAACAUACCCACGAUGCGGAGUAUAAUAGGUGUACGAAAAUAGAAUAAUAAUAAUAAUAAAAAUAAUAAUAAUAAUCGAAUUUCGCGGACAUGCCUUUGGGGACGUAAGGUGAUUGUAUUGCAGGAUACACGAAAUGGGCUGCUAAGUGCCAUUUUAAAAGAGAUUUAGUCCCUAACAGCACGUAACACGAAGCAAACUUGCAAAGAAGAGCGAAACAAACGGCGAUAGAAGUAUAGAGAGAAAGAGUGAUAGAGGGAGAGAGAGAGAUAAAGAGAGACCGAGCAACAGAGAACAAACAGUAAUCUGGUAGCAUUUGGAAACACAUUAGCUCUGUUAACUGCUUUAUGUUUUAUUGGAUAUUAAUUUCGCUUGAAAAGUCUAUUGGACAAGCCCGUAUGCAAGAUAACGCGGACGAAAUAGUGUCGCCGCAUAGGUUUGAAAUUUAUCAAUAUAAAACCCACACACACACACACAACACAAAUAUCAGCAGGCGAAGUUAGCUAUGUUUCUGUACGGCAACUGCUGAUAUAAUUGCUGACCCUAGGGUAAGAGGACAAGAGUAGUGAAAUUGUAGAAAAAAUUUUUCGCUAGAAACAAUCCCCGCUAAUCGAAUCUCUUCCAAUAGAAGCCAAUCCUCUCCAAUUGAAUGUACGUAUGUGUGUGUGUGUGUGUGUGUGUGUUUGUGUUGCAACCAAUUCCUCACCCCAGCUAUGAUCAUCAAGAUGUUGAACGAGAACCUCUUCCAGGAUAAGAAAACUCCCCGUUAAAAUCAUAAACUUAUGCUAUUCUUUGCUACUUCACAUUCAUCAUACGCGUUUAAGACAGCAUUAUGUUAAGUAAGCGUUAGCAAACUCACAUACCGAGAGCGAGAAGCGAUCGAGAACGAGCAAAACACGGGAUUCAUCGCCAAUAAAAUCAUUGAAGACAGGGAACAUUGGGCGAGCAGGCAAUUGAACAGCGCAAGAGAUAAUUAGCCGCAGAACCAGGCGUCGCGGUUUAACGAUAGAAAUGAAAAAUGAAUCAUCCUAAUACCAAAAUAUACAAGUAAUAUAGAAUACGAUAAAUAAUAAAGUAAAACAGGAAAUAAUUGCAAAUAUUCGUGGCCGGUGAACAAUUGUGAACAAAUAAGAAAAGAAAAGACUCUUCACAAGCGUAGAUACGUAGCGCGGCGGAGCGGUGCUGUGAAGGGUUGGACCGAAAUGAUUUGGACCGAAUAGGUGUGUAUACCCGGGUGCAUGUGUACUGUACUUCCUUUGUAAUUGAAAUAGUAGCGCCGGACGGGUCGUUUUAGAUCAAUAUACCCCUCCCCACAACUCAAUGACACACAGACUGGAACCGAGUGAACUAGGGAAAGUAUAUGCAUGGUAAAAGGAGUAUAGGGCGUGAACAGAUGAGAAUAUUGUAUAUCGUGAAGAAGAGAUAAAAAAAAACUAAGUCAUCGCAAUAAAGGUAAGAUCCAUGAAAUCUAGAAACAAGAA